AUUCCUUCUCCUUUCAUCCUAUUUCAUUCCUCUCUUUUUUUGUCGUUUUUUCUUACCUUGAUAUCAUCUAUCCCCCAUUCUUGCCGCCGUUUUACCUCCUUCGAUUCUAUCGUCUGUUGUUUCUGGUUGCCGUAAUUCUGCUCUGCUGAUGUACUGGUUUCGGAUCCUUAUCAGUUGUUUCCUUUCCUCUGCAUUUUCUCUGCUCUGAAGUGUCUGGAUUGAGUCGGUUUCUUUUUUUCUGCUGGAUUUCUGCGAUUCUGGAUUUAGCUUCGUCUAACGUUGUUAUUCUAAUUGCUCUUGUGAUUCUUGUUUGUGUUGGAUGAAUUUCAAUGUCAGAGGUUUUGUUGUAAGGAUAAGGAGUGGGAAGCUGCUGUGGUGCUGGUGAGGGAUAUGACGGUCUGACGUAGAGAACGGCGAGAUGGACGAUAGAGGUGGUGGAUCGUUUGUUGCUGUGAGGAGGAUUUCUCAAGGACUGGAGCGAGGAAAUACUUGCCAUUCGUCUUCAGCUGAGGUUGUGGCAGGAUCAGCUGCAUGGCUUGGCCGGGGUCUUUCUUGUGUUUGUGCACAGAGAAGAGAAAGUGAUGCGCGCUCAUCAUUUGACUUAACCUCUGCACAGGAGGAAUGCUUGCUGAGACUGCAGAACCGCAUAGAUAUUGCUUAUGAUAGUUCAAUCCUUGAGCACCAGGAGGCUCUAAGGGCUCUAUGGAAUGUGGCCUUCCCGGAGGAAGAACUUCGUGGUUUGAUAUCUGAGCAGUGGAAGGAAAUGGGCUGGCAAGGAAAGGAUCCAUCGACAGAUUUUAGGGGUGGUGGUUUUAUUUCAUUGGAGAACUUGUUAUUCUUUGCCAGAAAUUUUCCGAAGUCAUUCCAGGAUCUUCUUCGAAAGCAGGAAGGAGAUCGGUCUCUAUGGGAAUACCCAUUUGCUGUAGCUGGGGUGAACAUCACAUUUAUGCUUAUUCAAAUGCUUGAUCUUGAAGCAGUUAAGCCACGGACACUUGUGGGAGCAACUUUCUUGAAGUUUCUUGCAGAAAAUGAUUCGGCAUUUGACAUACUCUAUUGUAUCACGUUCAAACUAAUGGAUCAUGAAUGGCUUGCCAUGCGUGCAUCAUAUAUGGACUUCAAUACGGUAAUGAAAGCAACACGACGACAACUAGAAAAAGAGCUCCUAGCCGAGGACAUUUCAAGACUAGAAGAACUACCCUCAUACGGCCUUCUCAAUCAAUAGUGUUUGUUUGCGGACCAAACAUCUCAUUUUCUAAUGGAAACAGCUUGUGGGAAAGGAAAAGUUACUACGGUAUCGCUUCCAUAGCUUUUAACUAGUUAGUGUUUCUUUUUUUUUGUACAUGAUUAUUCUGCUCGUCCCAUUUUCAAGUGGCUUGCCCUUUUGCUCCUUUGGCUAGUAGUGUAUCCAUCCAUUCCCACUUCCUUUCUUCCUUCCACCUUUAUUGUAGUUUUCCCUCUCUUUUUUUUUUUUGUCUUUGUCUUUGUUUCUUCUCGGAAUUUGAGGUUGAGACCUGUUUGCAAUUAAGUUUGAUGGAUGAGCUUUUUUUU